UUGCACAUGCCUUCCUCAAGGUGGCACUGGUGACUGGCAUGAGGCUGUCCCCAGAAUUCAGCGCCAGACACAGAGCCCGGGUACUGGCCCCAGUAGGAAGCACAGCUCUAAAGGAGCAUGUGACCUCUCCAGGGGCCUGCAAGAGUGCCACCCACACUCUGGUGGCUGGGUGGCUCAGGCAUUGACUCCUGUCUUGACUGGGGUGUAUGCUAUGGGGGCCCCGUGUUCUGGGACAACGUGGAUUGUCUGGGAGGGCCUCCAGGAGGAAGACGUGACACAGCGUCUCCUCAGGUCUUCAGAGUGGCGGCCGUGCAGCCCAGCCACGGCCAUGGAGCCUCCGGAGACCCCCGUCAAGGAUGGCAUCCUCUACCAGCAGCACGUCAAGUUCGGCAAGAAGUGCUGGCGGAAGGUGUGGGCACUGCUGUACGCGGGAGGCCCAUCAGGCGUGGCCCGGCUGGAGACCUGGGAGGUCCGCAGUGGUGGCCUACGGUCUGCAGGGGACAAGUCUGCACGGCAUGGGGAACCACGGGUCGUCCGCCUGGCUGACUGUGUAUCCGUGCUGCCCACGGACAGUGAGAGCUGCCCCCGAGACACUGGGGCCUUCCUGCUCACCACCAUCGAGCGAAGCCACUUGCUGGCCGCAAAGCACCGCCAGGCUUGGAUGGGCCCCAUCUGCCAGCUGGCCUUCCCGGGCACAGGGGAGUGCUCCUCAGCGUCAGAGGAGGCUGAGUCUCCCACCAGGGUCCCCGUCUCCAUGGAGGAAAACUCCAUCUACUCCUCCUGGAUGGAAGUGGUCAAGUUCCCAGUGGUGGUGCAGAAGACGGAGGCCGCUACCCGCUGCCAACUGAAGGGGCCCUACCUGCUGGCACUGGGCCAGGAUGCCAUCCAGCUGAAGGAUCCCUCUGGCCUACAGGCCCUCUACACCUGGCCCUAUCACUUCUUGCGAAAGUUUGGCUCCCAAAAGGGGGUAUUCUCCUUUGAAGCCGGCCGCCGCUGCGACUCGGGCGAAGGCCUCUUCGCCUUCAGCAGCUCCCGCGCCCCUGACCUCUGCGGCGCCAUGGCCGCGGCUAUCGCCCGCCAGCGUGAGCAGCUGCCGGAGCUGGCGUCUCCCUGGCCCUGCCCCCUGCCGCGGGCCACCUCGCUGCCCUCCCUGGAGCCUCCUGGGGAGCUACGAGAGACGCCGGGGAUGGAGCCGCGCGGCUGCCGGAAGGCGCGCGCAGGGUUGGAGCCCGGGCCGAAGAGCCUGCCACCGCUGCCAGACCAGGCCGCCGAGAACACCGCUGUCUACGCCGUCGUGGCCAAGCGUGCCAGCGGGUCUCCGGCUGUCGCCGCCGCCACCCAACACCUCUACGAGAACCUGUGCGCACUGGAGGGCGGCCCCGAGGCCAGCCGCAUCUACCACAACCGCGAAGACCUGAGCUGGAGCGGCCCCGGCCCCGACGAGAGCCUGGAGGCCCAGUACCGGCGGCUGCUCGAGCUGGAGGUAGACGAGGCAAGCGACGAGGCCGGGGGCAGCAGCCACUCCAGCGCCCCAGCAGCCUUCAAGGCCAAGCUGGUGACGCUGUUGGGCCGAGAGCGGAGGAAGGGCCCUGUCCCGUGCGACCGGCCCUGAGCCCCGGAGCCAUGUGGCCACUGGAGAAGAGAGGAGGACAUUUGGGCUCACCCCCCAGGUCCACUAUGGCCUGCAGGGACCCCUCCUUCACCUUCCCUCCACCCGGUGUAUAGUGUACAGAGGUUUGCUGAUAAUAAAGCCUUCCAGCUCCAGCACAGACUCAGUGCCACCUUUGCUCCACCGUGUGACCCCCAGUUUCACCUCUUCUCACUUCAGUUCUUGCUAGUGGCACUUGUGGGUACGCGUGGACACACAGACCUCACUCACAUUCACUGCAACAAAGCCCAGCACCCUGCGCUGGGUUCCACAGAUGACUUGGGCCUGACCUCUGCCACCAGGGGGCUCACAUCCACGGAACCAGAUAAUUGUGUGCUGCCCCACCACCACCCUCCUUUGCAGCAGAAAGAGUGAAGGGAGGAAUGUGGCUUGCUGAUUGGAGAGGCACCCUCUGAAUGCAUGAAAGGCAGGCAGGGCAGGGGGCUGGGCCCACAGAUCCAAGGGAAGAGCAUGGACAAAGAGACCUUCAGGGGCCGAAGGGGAGCUAGUGACCAGAGCUGGAGACUCCCUGAAAGUUCUGGAAGAGCUUGAUCUCCUGCUCAGGGGAGAGGGAGAAUUUUGCAUAGAGGAGGGACACAGUUGGACCGACAAAGGAGCAGUGUGGAGGCCAGACUGGAGGAAGCCAGCUGGACACCAGGAAGCCUGAGCUGGGGAGGAGGUGGAGAAGGGCUGGGGGAGAGGAGGGAGGGAUUUCAAAGAUGUACACACCCAAAGCAUUUGUCCCCUGCUGAGACACCAAAUGGGCAGACACGUCGGGGACCCCAGGUCUCAGUUUCCUCAGCUACAAAGGAUAAAGAUCAAAUUCUGUAUUAGACGUGCAUCCAUUUGUUUGAUUUUUACUGAGUGCCUACUCCAUGCUGGACUCUGGAGUACUAAGUCUGUGUUCUCAAGCAGGUGAAAUUCCAGUGUAAGGUAAGCAAGUCUCCUGAAGAUGGUAGUGCCUGCUUUAUUCUCCUCUCCAUGUGCUAUUCCUGUCAUUGUCCUUGGACCAUA